UCCGACGGAAGACCGGAAACCAGGCUUCCAGUUCCCGCGAUAACGAUGAAGACCACGCGAUUCUCAGUGGGACUUGUAGUUUUUCCUUUCCUGUUUUAGGGGCUGUCCUAGUCUACAACUCACACCCACCUCGUACUGGAUUGGGAUAUCUGGAUGCGUGUUGGAAUGGGCGGGUCUGUUCUUAAUCUCGGCCUGGAGAGUGUAUCAUAGAAGUAGGGGGCGGGGAGGUGGAUGGUACCCCUUUUCUUUUCUUUUUUUCUUUUUUUCUCCAAGGACAGGUCCUAAAGAGACGCAGUAGUCCCUCUCCCCUUUGGGGGCCAGGGAGGGGACCGGGUUGUGUCCGCCAUGUUGGUGAAGGCAAAGGAAGGCGACUGGCGCUGCGGGACUGACGGCUCUGUGGGCUCAAGUCGGCCAUAUUCAUAAAGAGGGAAGGUGGAUCCCUACCUCCGACGCACACACAUCCGCACCCCUGCUGCCCACCCCGCCCCACGACUCUGCUCUGCGGAUCUGUCCCCUGCCUCGCUGGCCCGGCGUAGCCGUCAGCGCCUCAGGACAGGCUCACGACGGCGCCGAAUGAGGGGGGAAGGGACAUGCCGACCAAUUGCGCCGCGGCGGGCUGUGCCACUACCUACAACAAGCACAUUAACAUCAGCUUCCACAGGUUUCCUUUGGAUCCUAAAAGAAGAAAAGAAUGGGUUCGCCUGGUUAGGCGCAAAAAUUUUGUGCCAGGAAAACACACUUUUCUUUGUUCAAAGCACUUUGAAGCCUCCUGUUUUGACCUAACAGGACAAACUCGACGACUUAAAAUGGAUGCUGUUCCAACCAUUUUUGAUUUUUGUACCCAUAUAAAGUCUAUGAAACUCAAGUCACAGAAUCUUCUGAAGAAAAGUAACAGUUGUACUCCAACCGGACCUUCUAAUUUAAAAUCAAACAUUAAUAGUCAACAAGUGCUACUUGAACACAGUUAUGCCUUUAGGAAUCCUAUGGAGGCAAAAAAGAGGAUAAUUAAACUGGAAAAAGAAAUAGCAAGUUUAAGAAGGAAAAUGAAAACUUGCCUACAAAAAGAACGCAGAGCAACUCGAAGAUGGAUCAAAGCCACUUGCUUGGUGAAGAAUCUAGAAGCAAAUAACAUAUUACCUAAAGGCACAUCUGAACACAUUUUACCAACUGCCUUAAGCAGUCUUCCUUUGGAGGAUUUCAAGAUUCUUGAACAAGACCAACAAGAUAAAACAUUACCAAUUCUCUAAAUAUAAACCAGAUCAAGAGUGCUUUUAUUUAAGAUUAGCCUGCACACAAAAAGAAAAAAAAAGAUUAGCUUGCAUCGAUCUUGAUGCCCAUCAUUUAUUCUAUUCAAAGGUAAAGAUAUUUAAGGAAAUAAUGCCAAAAUUGGGUAUUAAAUAAAGUUUUACUUGAAGUAACGUUCUUACUGUAUAACUUAUGAAGACUUGAUUACAAAAAUAGAAAACUUUAUGAAGCUUAUUUGAAAAAGCAUGGAAGUGCCUUACAUGCGAAUUGCAUACAUUAAAAAUUUGCUAGGAAGUUUUGCAAGAUGUGUUUUUGCCUUUUUAAACAACUUUUGAAGAACAGUCUAUUACAAGUAAUAUGUUUAAUUUAUAUUAGGAAAAAAUGUUUUUGUGUACCAAAGUUGAGACAUUACAUUCUAAGUAAGGUAAGUAGGAGUUAACCCAUAUUAAAUAUGACUUUAAAACUGCUGGGGUUUGUAUUAAAUUAUUACUGACACUGUGAUUUGGAAACUUUACAGAAAAAAAGCCUAAGGUACAGGGCAAGUUCUUUUAUUUAAACUUUCUAUAUCUUUUUAACAGUAAAAGUGAGCUAAUCAUAAUCUCCCUCAUAAGAAUAUUAUCUUUUAAAAUGGAUUGUAAAAUAUUUUGAAAAUAUUUUAAAUAUGAAGUACCCUUGAGUCAUUCAAGCUAGUAAGGACUCAAGUACCUCAGACUAGUAAAAACUGGUAGCUGGUUAUAUUAACCUUCUAAGAAAAUAUGUUGUGAAAUAAUGCAGAGAGCAGGAUCUAACUUUUACCUUUAACAGAAAGAUAACUGUAUACUACUCUUUUACUAAAAAAAUAAAAAAAAGUUUUAAUUUCAAAAUUGAUGCAUUAGUAAGCAAAUACGCUACCAGUUCUGUUUGAAAACUCCCUCUGCCUUCAUGUAUGUUGAUACCAAAACUUUUAAGCUUUUCCUUCCCC